CCGCUUGCUUCCCUUCCCUUCCCUUGAAGGCGAUUGCCAAAAAAGCGAAGACUCCUCAUCUCCGCCACUUCCACUUCCUCUUCCUCUUCGAUCCAAUAAAAGCCCCUCCCAGCAGGCAGCCAACCAGAAGCAAAAACAUAGACAUUUUUUCUCAAAGAUAGGAGGCCCAGAGAUUGAGAGAGAGAGAGAGAGAGAGAGAGAGACUGAACUCUAUCCAAUCUGGAAGGAGGCAGGGGACCGCCAUUGUGAGAAGGAAGGUAAUCCGGAGAGAAGCUGCAGGGAGAGCCAAGAGGAAGAGGGGAGCUGCAUUUUGAGGCCUCUAUCCUCUGUUACUGAAAAGGUGUCUGCCCAAGAAAGCCAGGUCUAUGUUCCUUGCAGUCACUCAAACGAGGCGCUUGUAAUCUCCACGGCAAGAAGAGGGAGGAGGGGGGGAGAGCAGGAGCAGAGGAGGCGAGCAACACCACGAUUUCUGUUCUCUUGAGCAGCAUCACUACCAAAGAAACCUUGUGAGGAGGAAGGUGGUGGGAAGAAGACUGCAAAAGCAAAUAAGAAAGGCAGAGAGAGAGAGAGAGAGAGAGAAAAGAAAGAAGAUGUUGACGUGCAUAGCGUGCUCAAAGCAUCUUGAAGUGGACGACGAUGAGCGCGCCACCCCUCGAGUUAAAAGCCUUACCGCCCAGAUCAAGGACAUGGCUCUGAGGUUUUCGAGCGCUUACAGGCAAUGUAAGCCCAGUACAAGCUCGGGCAGCAAUUCUCAUCGCAAAGGGAGCCACCCAUUUGCAGAUCUUGAUGCAGCCUCUGAGAGUUUGAAUUAUGGAUGCCAGAGGACCGUGAGCUGCAGUUCUACUCCAGCUUGGGACUUCCACACUUCCAGCAACAGGGACCUGGGAGUACUACAUGAUUCAUCUAGAACGCACAAUGUCGGUUCUUUGACGGGGGAGGCUGCUGUACUUGAUUCCAUGUCUUCGCGAUCGGGCGAGUUUAUACUUGUGCAGGAAGAUGAACCGAGAGAGUGGAUGGCUCAAGUAGAACCAGGGGUUCUCAUCACCUUUGUUUCACUUCCUCAAGGAGGGAAUGAUCUUAAGCGCAUCCGUUUCAGCCGAGAGAUGUUUAAUAAAAUACAAGCUCAACGAUGGUGGGGUGAGAACUACGACAGAAUUAUGGAACUCUACAAUGUACAGAGAUUCAGCCGGCAGGCUGUCAAUCUGCCCACUCCACCAAGAUCCGAGGAUGAGCAGAGAGAUUCAAUGUCAAGAAUGGGAUCAGCACAUGAUAGCCCUGCUACACAACAUCUGAACAGGGAAACGUAUCCUCGAAAUUUCUACCGACCACCAGGGAAACCAUACUACUCUGCCGAGCCAACGGAGGCAGCUCAUCAGUUUGAUGCUGGAUCCACAUCAAGUCCUCGCUUCCCAAAUUUGGGUGGGAAGAAGGAAACCCUUUCGGUGGAUGCAUCAAGAACCACUACCUCCUCCAGAGAUGAAGCCUCUGUAUCACUAAGCAAUGCAAGCGAUAUGGAGAAUGAGUGGGUUGAGCAAGACGAACCUGGGGUAUAUAUCACCAUAAGAGCAUUGCCGGAUGGAACAAGGGAGCUAAGAAGAGUUCGAUUCAGCCGUGAAAGAUUCGGGGAGGCACAUGCUAAGAUCUGGUGGGAAGAGAACAGGGAAAGAAUACAAUCUCAAUAUCUUUGACCAAUAGUUUCAUAUAGCUUCAUUUCAGGUAAAAUUCUUUGUAGGUUCCGUUUCUUCCUGGUCUUUCUCAUAUCUUGCCAUCCAAAAUUCCUCUCCGGCUCUGUAAUAUAAUGAACCAGCAAAUCACAGUUGUUAUUCCGAUUUUAGCUUUUCAAGAAUGAAAUGGCUGGUUUUAU